UGAGUGAAAAGAAGCUGAGGCAACCUGAAGGAGGAGCUCUCAUUACCUUCUGUCCAUCACCUAAUAAAUAGCCAAUCCCUCAACAUUCCGGUACACUGUUGAAGAGAUGAGGCAGUCACACCAGCUGUCCCUAGUGGGGCUCUUACUGUUUUCUCUUAUUCCAAGCCAACUAUGUGAGAUCUGUGAGGUAAGUGAAAAAAAUGACAUAAACCCUCUGUUGAAUACAAUGAUCAAUUCAAAGUAUACCAGGGGAACCAGCGCUGCCAAUGUCCUGCUGUCCCUCAAACUUGUUGGAAUCCAGAACCAAAUCCUGAGGCAAAAGAUGGUCAAAGAAAUCAAACACAUUGUGAAAAUGGGAGUGUCAGAUUUAAGCUCGGGAGAGCUUGCCUUGAUUAUACUGGCUUUGGGAGCAUGUCGUAGCCCUGAGGAAACCUUAAUAUAUGAUUACCAUCUGAUUGACGAGCUAGAAAAUAAGUUCCAAGCAGAAAUCAAAAAUAUGGAAACACACAAUGACAAUCCCCUGACUAACUACUACCAGCUCAGCCUGGAUGUUUUGGCCUUGUGUCUGUUUAAUGGCAACUACUCAACCGCUGAAGUCGUCAAACGCUUCAAUCCCGAAAAUAAAAACUAUUAUUUUGGUAGCCAGUUUUCAGUAGAUACUGGUGCAAUGGCUGUCCUGGCUCUGACCUGCGUGAACAGGAGUCUAACAAAUGGGCAGGUCAAAGCAGACGGAGGAGAUCUGACGAAGAUCAGUAACUAUACAAAGUCACUGGUAGAAAAGAUUCUGUGUAAGAAAAAAAGAAAUGGUCUCAUUGGAAACACAUUUAGUACAGGGGAAGCCAUGCAGGCGCUCUUUGUAUCAUCAGACUAUUAUAAUGAAACUGAGUGGAAUUGCCGAGAAACUCUGAACGCAGUGCUCAUGGAAAUUUCCCGAGGAGCAUUCAAUAUUCCAAUUGCUGCAGCCCAGGUCUUACCUGCCCUGUUGGGAAAGACCUACUUGGAUGUUAACAAAGACUCUUCUUGUGUUUCUGGUUCAGGUAACUUCAACAUCUCCAUUCCUGAGCCUAUAACUGUGACACCUCCUGAGUCACAACCACAUAUCUCAGUCAAUUACUCUGUGAGAAUUAACGAAACAUAUUCAGCCAAUGUCACUGUGCCACAUGGUUCUGUCUUCCUCGCUGUGAUGGAGAAAGCUCAGAAAAUAAACCAUACUAUAUUUUGCUUCACAAUGGAGGAGAGCUCAUGGGGGCCCUACAUCACCUCUGUUCAGGGUCUAUGGGCCAGCAAUAAUGACAGAACCUACUGGGAACUUCUGAGUGGAGGCAAACCACUGAGCCAAGGAGCUGGAAGUUACGUUGUCCAUAAUGGAGAAAACCUGGAGGUUCGUUGGAGCACAUACUAAUGCCCAAACUUUCCUCAGCUGGAUGAAAUCCACUUGCAGUGGCGUUCCAUGCCAACUGGCCUUAUGCCUUCUUCUUCAUUUAUCCCAGUACCAGUAGGAGAGUUAAUAACCUCCCCUUCUCUCUCUACAUGUUCAAUAAAAGAUUAAACACUAUACAAAAAGA